CAUCAGCUCCCCCUCCCCCAACACAUGCCGACUCUCUUCCAGCACUGAAUUCUUCACAAACUGAAGUGAAGGACAGACAGCAGGAAAAAUGGUGGACUGAAAAACCCAAAUUAUGGCUGAAAAUGAAAUUGUGGUGAAUAUUUUCCCAGGAAAAACUAUUCUCUGGACUCUUCUUUUCCUGUUUUGCUGUUUACUGUGUGCAGCUGGAGACGAGACGGUCACACUGCAGGAAGUGGAAGGAACCACUAUAACUCUCCAUACUGGGAUAACUGGAAUUCAGAGUGAUGCUCAGAUUCAGUGGUUUUAUGGACCUGAGAAAGCAGAGGAAAAGAUACUGAUCAGUCAAGUGUUUAAAGGAGAAACCGUUACAGAAAUCAGUGAGAGAUUUAAAGAGCGACUGCAGCUGGACAGAAUCAGUGGAGCUUUAACCAUCAGGAACAUCAGCAGAAACCUUUCUGGAGUUUAUUUAUUACACGUCAUCACUGAUCGUCUCUCAUCCAGGACUUUCAGUGUCAGUGUUUAUGCUCCAGUAUCAGCUCCAGUAAUAAAUCAAAGAGGAAACCGAAGCUUGUCUUCUACAGAGCCGUGUUUCCUCCUGUGCUCUGUGGAGAAUGGAGAAGAUGUGAAGUUAUCCUGGUACAGAGAGAAUGAGAGAAUCAACAUCACCAAUAACACAGAUCUCAGUGUUCCCCUCAAUCUCACACUUCAGAUACAACACCCAGAGAAUAACAGGAACUCUUAUAUCUGUGUGUCUGCAAACCCUGUCAGCAAUAAAACAACUUCUCUCAACAUCGCACAGCUCUGUUAUAACUCAGGUUUACCGUCCAAACGAGAUCACAUGGGAUUACCUUUCACAGAACAAACUGAUCGUUCCCGUUCACUGCUUCCUGCCCUGAUAUCUGUUGGACUUCUGGGGUUAUUAAUCAUAAUAUUAGCAUUUGUGUGGAUUUUGCUGAAAAAUAAAAAGCAAAAAGUGUCUGAAACUGAGGAACUGACUUACGCUGAUGUGAAAAUUUCAGCUCACAGUGCAGGGAGAGUUAAAAAGGAAGAAAACUCGAGAAUAACGCCUGUUGAAGCAGAGCCUGACUCAGUGGUGUAUUCACAUGUGAAGCGAUCCAUAUAAUUCAUCACAUCACAAUAUCCUUUUAAUUAUUUUAACGAGUUGUGCUGAGAAAUCCUGUAGGGUUGGGGCAUGUCUUCAGGCAUCAGUGUUUAAUAUUAGUGUAAUAUUUGCAUGCUGUCAUUAUAUAAUCAUGACCAGCUAAAAACCAAGUGUCAGAAAGGCAAGCUCAUCAGAAAAUGUUUCAGGGUAUUUACUGGAACACAUCAGGGUUUUUAAAUGAAUCAUCAGCUUCAGUUUCCCAGCUGCCUUUCAGUGUUUAAGCUUCUCGGGUUACAGCCGUAUUGUCCAGAUCAGAUCAGAUACAGAGCUCUGUGUUAGAGGAACCCAGAAUUCUCAUCAGCUCCAUCUCCUCACACUGAUAUGUUUGUCUCUGUCCACACGUGAUAUUUUAUAGUGAUUUUAGUUUGUGGUUUCAUUCAUUGAUCACAGACAGAAACCUGAGCUCAGGAUUGAACCAGGCGUCAAAGCUACCUGCUGUACCACUGUCCUGCUCUCUCUACUGGAUCUUACCUGUACAUUUACAGAGUGAAUGCACACUGGUGUCUGUUUUAAUGCAAUAAAAAUAUGAGACAGUUUAAUGCUCUGACCAGCAAAACCAGUAGAACAGGAAUACUGAACACACUGCACAGCAUAACACCAGACUGUUAAAGCUCCUGACAGAGAGACGGAUCCAGAAGAUAGUGUUACAGAUAUUAGUGGUGUUUAUUUGCUCAUCAGUUUAACACAUGUACUGUUAGUUCCUGAAAAACCUGAUGGUCUGAUCGUCUUCCUGGAUCACUGAUUGUUCUGGCUUUAUGUUUGUAGCUCAAACAAACAACUUUUAUAACCGGAAGAGACUGAAGCUGCAGAGAGCUUGUAUUAUCAGUCAGAGAGAAUGCAGUGUUUGCAGUUUCUACUGCAAUAUAAAUAGAAACAUGUAAAUUCCUGCUUUUGUGAUUUUUUUUUCCCCCUUUAUGGCCUUUUAAAAGGUUUUGCUUCUGCCCAGUUUGGGAUUGAAUCAUUAAAUUAAACAUCCAGUUAGAAACCUGAUGAUGCUAAAGCAGUCAGGCUGUAAAGUUCUUCUCAGUAAAUGACAAUAAGUCCAUUAUUGCUUCUUU